GCAGUGCGUUUUCCCAACCGGCUAAGCGAAAAAUGGCUACAUAUGGUAACGAGACAGUCGACAACUACCUUUACUCUUCCUACAACCCUUAUUCCUACAAAUACCCCAAGUUCAAGGGCUGGAGACAGAAAGCUUACAUCGCCAACUACGGUGAGGGCGAGACCUACUUCGAUAAUUACCACAGGGCACAGCUGAAGUCCAUCUUGUCUCAGAUCAACCCGAACCUCACCCCGCGCCUGAGGAAAGCCAACACUAAAGACGUAGGGAUCCAGGUCAACCCGAAAACCGACGCGUCCAUCCAGUGCUCUCUGGGCCCGCGGACCCUUCUGGCCCGGAAGCGCGAUGCCCUCCGCCAGCGGCGACAGGAGGUCCAGACCCCAGGGAGUCCCAUAAGCGGCGGCGUGCGUUUUCCGCGCACUCAAGCCGUUUACUCUCCGGUCGAGUCCAGGAGACUAGUGUCCCUCUUCAGAGAAGAGGAAGAGGAGAAGGGCACGGAGCCCGAGACCCCUGAGACGGUGGACAGCGGAGAGAAGGUGAAGAGUGCUGAGAAAGACGAGAGCAAAGAGGGCGAGGACAGCGUGAAGGAACCGCUUAGUCCCGAGAAAAACGAAAACAAACAGACGGAAACAAAUGAGGAGAACAGAAACGAACCAGUGACAGCCGGACAAGACGAAGCCAAGUCUAAGGCUCGCGUGAGGUUCCAGUUUUUGGAGCAGAAGUAUGGCUACUACCAUUGCAAAGACUGCAACCUACGCUGGGAAAGUGCUUAUGUGUGGUGUGUGCAAGGUACAAACAAGGUGUAUUUCAAGCAGUUUUGCAGAACAUGUCAGAAAUCAUUCAACCCAUACCGGGUUGAGGACAUAACAUGUCAGACUUGUAAGAAGACUCGCUGUACAUGUCCUGUUACAUCACGUCAUGUGGACCCCAAAAGACCUCACCGACAGGAUCUGUGUGGCCGCUGCAAAGGCAAGCGUCUCUCCUGUGACAGCACAUUCAGCUUCAAAUACAUCAUCUAGCACCCCUGUCCGCUUGGUUGUUGCCCAGCUGGAUUGUCUCUGCACUCUUGCUGCUCAAAUACUGCAGUGGGGAUCCAUCAGUCACUACGGUCUCAUUUGUUUUUGUUUUUGCUUUAAUUUGUACUUGCAGUAACUGUAGGUGCCAAUUUCAAAAAAUGAAAAUAAAAAUGGGAAUUACUAGCA